GGAAAACAAAAGCUCAAAAUUUGCCAUUUUCACAAGUAUGUUUUGGGCAAUUAGAGAUCCUUCGGGGUGUUUUGACAGAUAGGUCAUUUUGUGCUGUGUAUGGUGAUGGUCUUCUCUGAUUCAAAUACCACACGCUGCCUCCUCCUCUCUCCAAUUUGUUCAACACGCACUGAAUCCAAUUGUGGAAUUUCCAGUUCUGAAUUUCGACCGUUACGUGUCGUUUGAAAAAUGCAUGUCCCUGUAGAUCUAUGCAGCAAGUGCAGCUUUGAGAGUGGAACGGUCAACAGAAGCUGUAGAACUGCGGUGGCGCAAUUUGACCACUCCGGCUGCCGUUAUCUGCAAUUUUGGAAGUGAAAAGUGCUGCUACCGCCGUGAUGGCCAGCUAUGUGAGGAAGCAACAUAUUAAGAUCUGAGACGAUUGUGCAAACAUGGAGUGCAACAAAGAUGAGGCAGCUAGGGUCAAAGAAAUAGCAGAGAGGAAAUUUACUGAAAGGGAAUAUGCUGGUGCAAAAAAGUUUGCUCUCAAGGCUCUAAAUUUGUUUCCUGCACUGGAGGGUCUUUCCCAGUUGCUAACAACACUUGAUGUUUAUAUCUGUGCCGAGAAUAAAAUACAUGGAGAAAUGGAUUGGUAUGGUAUACUUGGAGUGUAUCCAUAUGCGGAUGAAGAGACAGUUAGGAAGCAGUACAGAAAGCUGGCUCUAACUCUUCACCCUGACAAAAACAAGUCUCCAGGUGCAGAAGGUGCAUUCAAGCUUGUUUCAGAGGCGUGGAGUUUACUAUCAGAUAAGGUCAAAAGACUAGCAUAUAACCAGAACAGGAGAUUGGAAGGAUUUCAGGAUAAUGCUCCCAACAAGAAUGGUUAUAUAAAACUUAACAAGAAUGCAACUUCAAGCAUGAGAACAGGAAAUAAUGAUGCUCGGGCACAUCCACAUCCGCAUACACCCUCCAUUCCUCCUCCACAUACAAAUGCUGGUACCUUUUGGACUAUCUGUAAUAAGUGCAAGACACAUUAUGAGUAUCUCAGGACAUAUUUGAAUCAAACCCUUUUAUGUCCCAAUUGUAAACAAGCUUUUGUGGCUAUAGAGAAGGGUCCGCCUCCCAAUGUUUUCAAGUCAUCUAAUUGGUCUUCUCGGCAACAUCAUCAGAAGUCUUCUCGGCAACAUUCCAAUGUUGGAAGGAAUCACCCUGUGAAUCCAGGAAGAACUGGUGCUGUUUCUCAAAAUUUACAAUCCAGCGGUUUUAGUAAACCAAACUUCCAGUGGGGUCCUCACUCGAGAAUGGCUGGCUUUGUUAAAAAAGAUGGAUCAUCUUCUGUUUCAGCUGCAAAUGUUAAGCAGCAGUCAAGUGAGACAAAAAGAGAAUGCGAGGGAGUCCAGUCAAUUGCUGCAUGGGAGAGGAAUCAUAUGCAUAAGAGGUCUGAUGUUCCUUUUAGUAAUGCCGAAAAACCUAUGAAGAAAAUGAGGACAGAUGAUAUGUACAAUACAAAUCAUAUGACCAUGAGAGAUGGAUCAAGCAGUUUGGGCCAUUUUUAUGGAUCAGGAAAAGCUAAUGUGGGAGCAGAAAGGAUUCAUGUUUUUUCAGGUACUUACAAGCAUUACAGCACAAAAGAGUUGUCAUUGUUUGAAUUACGAAAUAUGUUGGUUGAUAAGGCACAGACUGAAAUUCGCGAGAAACUUCUAGAAUGGAGAUCAAUGGCUGAAGCUAGGAUUACAAACAAGGACAAAGGAAACAAGAGACAGAAAAGCACAUUCAAUGACAAAACAACUGGUCCAGAGAAAGAUUCCACUAUUAAUGGUAACAGGCACGUGGACAGUGAUUCUAUCCCAGUCAAAUCUGAUGAUACUGAAAAGGAGAAGGCAGCCUAUGUUACAAUCAAUGUUCCAGAUCCCGAUUUUCACAAUUUUGACUUGGACAGAACUGAAAAUUCUUUUGCGGAGGACCAGGUCUGGGCAGCUUAUGAUGAUGAUGAUGGAAUGCCUCGCUAUUAUGCUAGAAUUCACAAGGUGAUUUCCACAAAGCCAUUUAGAAUGCGAAUCAGUUGGCUUAACUCUCGAAGCAACAGUGAAUUGGGCCCAAUAGAUUGGGUAGGUGCUGGUUUUUACAAAACAUGUGGGGAUUUCAGGACUGGCAGACAUGAAAUAACUGAAUCGUUAAAUUCCUUUUCGCACAAGGUAAGGUGGACAAAAGGCACCAGAGGAGUUGUUCGCAUCUUUCCUGGGAAGGGGGAGGUCUGGGCUCUCUAUAGAAACUGGUCUCCUGAUUGGAAUGAAAAUACUCCAGAUGAAGUGAUACACAAGUAUGAUAUGGUGGAAGUGGUUGAAGAUUUCAAUGAAGAGGAAGGUUUAUUGGUCACACCACUUGUUAAAGUUGAUGGUUUUAGGACAGUGUUUCACAGGCGCAGCCAUGAUCAGGCAAGAAAGAUUCCUAAAGUGGAGAUAUUUCAAUUCUCUCAUCAGGUUCCUAAUUACUUGCUUACUGGGCAAGAAGCUCAUAAUGCUCCAAAGGGCUGCCGAGAGUUGGAUCCAGCAGCUACUCCUUUAGACCUUCUUCAGACAACAGCUGAAGAGGCAUUGGAUAAUGUUGGAAAAUCAAAGGAAGACACUUACCCCGGGUCACCUGAAAACCAUGCUGCUGGUAAGGGGGAGAAUGCUUCAAAACCUACUAGAGAAGAUAUGUUAGACGAGGAUGGUAAACAGGAUUUGAAGAGGAAAUUGGUGCGUUGCUUGAAGGAAUGUUUUUGAGUCUUGGAGGUUAACCAUCCUAGGAGCACCAUUGGAUUUGAAGCAACCAAAGCCUCACCAAAUUUUGAGUGAAACACUUGAGAAAACAAACAAGCAUUGAAGACAAAUUUAAAGACCUUAAUUGCUUUGUUAAAUUUGUUAUAAUAGAAUAACUGAGUGCUAAUUUUUUUUUUCUUUUGCAAUUUCUUGUAUUUGGACAUUCUUUAGGGGAUGUACUGGGAGUCUCCAAGAGACCACCCAAACCUCUAUUUGUGUGUAAUAGCUUAGUAUAAACCGUGUAGACUAAGUGAAGAGCUAGUUGGGACCUCCAAAGGGUCAUCCAAGCCUUCACAUAGGAAACUGUCUAGCUUACUUUAAAUUUCCUUUACCUUCCAUUAUCAAAUUACCUAGUUAGCUUGCUUUUUA